AUGGAGCUAGCCGCAGGUGUCGGCGAAGUUGUUGCGCGACAUUCUUUGACCCGGAAGAAGCCGGCCGCACCGCCACAGAUGCCGCGACAGUUCGAGACUGUUUUCUCAGACGAAUUACACGGCACUCCAUUGGACGCCACAUGUCCCCUUCCGCGCACCGCCUCACCCUCCCACAAAGACACCCAAGCAACCAAAGACGCCGAGCUGCACAAGAGCGAAGACAGACGCACAUCACACGUUGGGGCUGAGCUACCCUUGUCCUCACAGCUCCGGUCCCAUUUAUUAUUUCUCCAGAAGAAGGCGGCCGGCUCUCUCACAUGUUCACAUAAGCUCAACCUCGACGCGCCCUCCUUGUCUCUGUCCCUACUACAUGUUGGGGCGCCAGACGCAGCAGCGAUGGACAAGCAGAUCUCGGUGCGCUUCGAGCGCGUCGAGAAGGCCCUCACCACCCUCAUCGACUCCAUCUCCAAGUACAAUCCCUCCACCAACCAGGGCACCGAGCUGGUGACGGCCGACGCCGAGCUCUCCAAGGGCCUCGAGGAGCUCCAGAUCCACCAGCAGAACUACGCCCGUAUACAACACCUACACAGCAUCACCAACACUCUCGACAAGCAGAUCAAGGACACCCUUACCCAAUUGGCCCAGGCCCGCAAGGAGCUCGUCAACACCCCGGCCACCACCUUCCCCAGUGGUCCCAACUACCCCAUCAAGUACGACGAGCUGCUCGACUUCGCCCGUCGCAUCUCCAAGACCACCCUGCCGCACCAGUCCAUCAUCGCAGCCGCGACUGCUGCCCAGCCUGCCGUGUCCGAGUCCGUGGUCAAGCCGGACAGUGGAACCAACACCGCAGCCACCACCCCGGGCGGCACCCCGAAUGGCGCGUCCACGCCCGCCCAGCAAGUCGUCGGCACCACGCCUGGAGGCGCCACGCCCGCACAGAACGGAGAGCCUCCCCUGGCCAGCCAGCAGACGAACACGAGCCUGCCCGAGAAUAUCACUGCGCACAUCAACCCUCUCGAGCGCGCCGACUUCAUUCCAUGGCCCACCGAGGACCUAGUGCGCCAGGGCGCACUCGCCAACAUCGCCUACCUGAUCGAGAAGGGUAUCAACCCAGAGGGCUACGACCCCGCCGCCGAGGAGGAGCGGAAGAAGCGGGAGGAGGAGGCAGCAAAGCAGGAGGAAGAGCGCAAGCGUCUCGAGAGGGACGAGAAGGAGCGCCGCUAUAGGGAGCAGCGCGAAAAGGAGCGCAUCCAGCGCGAGAAGGAGAUCGAGGAGAGCUACCGACGGGCAAGCGUCACCCAAGGCCCCGGCGCCGGGCCUUCUGCCUCAUCGCCCACGGGGCCGCCCGAGAAGAAGCAAUUUCAGUUCAUGGGCGGCGACGACGACGACGAUAGCGACUAG